CUGAAACCAGACCAGCACCAAGUUAAUCUACGUGUAAAAGUUGUAGCACAGAUCGUGAUUGGUGAAGUGGCUGAUUAUUCGACCUGGUCUAAAAUUAAAGUUGCCGAGUUUCUCGUUGGUGAUUCUUCCGGUUGCAUAAUCGUAAAAGCCAUGGACGAUCAAAUAUCACUUCUUCAACCUCAAACGAAUGUUGCGAUUCACAACGCUCGUGUUGAAGUGUACCGCGGAUUUAUGCGCAUU